GCCCCCUAUCGACAGGAAAUAAUAUGCACGGUUUGGAUGAAGAAUUCCUAUCGGUGCACGAAAUUGAUAUUAAAUCAACAAAGAAGCCGAAAAACUCCUUAAUUUAUACGAUAUGAAAUGUUUCAAAGAAUUUCGCGUCUAAUAAUACACGCAUUAAUCUGCGGUUUCGCCUGGACGUAACUUCCGGGUAUCACUCGCCAUCGUUCCUCUUUCUGAUGUUUGAGCGCAUAUUUUUUUUUUAGAUUUCUUCUCUGCUUUUUGGGGUAAAUAAUUGUUUUUUUUUACCCCGUGAGUUAAAACGCGGGUCUUAAAAUCGAGGGAAAGCGAUUUCUCUCGGCUUUUUGUUUAUGUUACGCCGAAAUAAAAGGGACUUGUUGCCGCGCAUGCGCACAACGAAAUCAGACGUGAUCACCGAGAGGCAACAGAGCCGUGCACCCAAAACAGCAACGUGAGAUCAUCUCAGAAGGAACUUAUUUACCGGUUCAGAUUCACCUACAGGAAAUAGUUGUUUUUUUCUUUGUUUUUAAAAAUACCGACUCCAUGGAGACAGUUCAUGUAAGACAUCAGCAGAUGAAAGUGAAGGACUUGUGGUGUCAAAGAAAAAGGAUUCAACACGAGAGAUAGGAAAGAACAUGGGCAUGUUCAGUCAUGGAUGAUGCAUGCAUUGCAGAAGCUUUCUCCUCAGAAGCAGUGUUCAGGACUGACACGGGGUCACGUUUGAAUAAUCUAGAAUGAAGGAAAUCAUCACAAACCUGGUGGUUCGGUGGUGGUGGUGGUGGUGGUCCACCUAGAUCUGUCAUUUUUGAACUUUUCCCUCCUUAUGUCUUCAGAACAAGUGAUUGGACCAAGAACUUGGCAAGAACCCAGAUGUAAAAUUCCUCCUUCCUCAAAGUAGGAUCUCCUGGAGUUGUCGUAGACAUCAUGGCUGUAUGUGUAGUGAAGCCUGCGCUCCUGCUGUGUCUGGUGAACUUGGGAUUUUCCUUCUCUGGGAUAUUUGACCCGUCAGGCAAAUACGGAACGGCCAGCGAGCAUGACGAGCGAGCCGAUUUCCAUACAGACACCAACGCCACGACAGAGCGAGGAUUUCACAUGGCGUCGAACGUCCACCCCAACCUUUAUUUCGACUUGGCGGAAGUGCGGCGGCUGAAAAAGAAAGCCGCCGGGACGCACGCACAGGUGUUUAAAGUUAUACGGAACGCAGUAACGACCAUGCUCGAAAGCCCGACGCUUUACCUACCACCCACGAACCAUGAGGAAUUCGCAAAGAAAUGGAACGAGAUUUAUGGCAACAACCUUCCACCGCUGGCGCUGUACUGCCUACUCCAGCCUGAAGAUGGCGCCGCGUUCCAGUUUUUAAUUAAAUACAUGGACCGUAUGGCUGAAUAUCCAGAUUGGAUGGUGACUAGCGCACCACACGAUGAAGUUCCCAUAUCCCAUUCCCUCACUGGCUUCGCUACAGCUUACGAUUUCAUUUAUACUUAUCUGGACAAUCAGAGAAAGGUUCUAUACCUCAAGAAGAUACGUUCCGUUACAGCGGAACUUUACGAACUGUCCAAGCAUAGAGGCUGGGGUCGGCAGUUUUUACAAAACCACCAGACUACGAACAUUCUAGCCAUGCUCACGGGAGCUAUCGUAACCGGUGUACAUAAAGAUCGUGAAGCCAUGAUGUGGAAGCAGGUCGCUGUAAACUACAUGGAAAAGACCAUGUUUCUCCUGAACCACAUUGUAGACGGUUCGCUGGACGAAGGCGUCGCGUAUGGGAGCUACACGGCCAAAUCGAUCACGCAGUAUGUUUUCUUGGCGGUGCGGCAUUUCGAAAUCGACAACAAGCAUAACAACUGGCUGAGAGCUCACUUCAUGUUCUACUACGCCACCGUGCUCCCUGGUUUUCAAAGAACCGUGGGCAUUGCAGAUUCCAACUACAACUGGUUCUAUGGGCCGGAGAGUCAGCUGGUGUUCCUGGAUGCGUUUGUUCUGAGGAACGGCUCAGGUAACUGGCUGGCGCAGCAGAUCAGAAAGUGUCGGCCCAAGGAUGGGCCCAUGACUCCAUCCGUGGCGCAGCGCUGGGCUACUUUACACACCGAGUUCAUCUGGUUUGACGCAGAGCUCACUCCUCAGCCGCCACCUGAUUUUGGGAAAGCAGACAUGCAUGUUUUUUCAAACUGGGGGGUGGUGACAUACGGCGCGGGGUUGCCGUCGGGGCAGGACAACACUUUUGUGUCUUUUAAAUCGGGGAAGUUAGGUGGACGAGCGGUGUACGACAUCGUCCACGCUAAGCCUUAUUCCUGGGUCGACGGCUGGACUAACUUCAACCCGGGUCAUGAGCACCCGGAUCAAAACUCCUUCACUUUUGCACCAAACGGACAAGUGUUUGUCUCUGAAGCGUUGUACGGUCCAAAAUACAGCUAUCUAAACAACGUCUUGGUGUUUGCACCUUCCCCAACUAGCCAGUGCAAUGCACCAUGGGAGGGGCAGCUAGGGGAAUGUUCCAAAUGGUUAAAAUGGGGCGAAAAGGAAGUAGGAGACAGCGCAGGUGAGGUCAUCGCGGCGUCCUCGCACCAGGACACCAUGUUCGUUAGCGGCGAAGCGGUGUCCGCUUACUCGUCCGCUAUGAAGCUCGUUAGUGUUUAUCGAGCCCUGGUUCUGCUCAACUCGCAAACCUUGUUAGUGUUAGAUCACGUCGAAAAGCAUGAAAAAUCCCCCCUAACCUCAGUAAGUGCCUUUUUCCACAAUCUUGACAUUGACCUGAGAUACGUCCCGCACAGGUCUUUGAAUAAAUACAGCGGCGCGCUAAUGGACGUAUGGGACGCUCAUUACGAGAUGUUUUGGUUUGACAGUCAGGGAGCCAGUCCCGUCGGUAGGAUACAAGAAGUAGAACAGGUCGCGGAGUUCAAAAAGAGGUGGACGCAGUUCAUAAACGUUACUUUUUCCAUGGACGGUGUAGUCAGCAGGGUGGCCUACCUGAUGCACGGCCCGUUUGUCAAAGUAUCAGACUGCAGGUUUGUUGACAACAGCAAAAAUGGAGUUAAACUGUCACUUACCCUGAAUGACACAGAGACCACCGUGUCCAUAGCAACAAACUACAAAGACAUUGGUGCCAGACUCACCUACUUAGGCUUCGCAGGAUUCGCAAAAGCAGAGAAUAAACACAGGAUUAUCAAUUUUGGUCAGGGAGUUCAGGUUCUACCCAGUCAAGAGAAAAAAGACUCCAUGUUUAACUUUGGUUUCAUGAUCAAUGUCAUCGCAGUGUGGAUUCUAUGUUUUGCCAUCGCGGUUUUGACCAUAAAGAGAAAGUUUAACGUCUCCUCCCGGAAACUUAUCCGCUGCACGGUCGUUUCAGUGCUAGUUUUCUGGGUGUUUGAACUCUUAGUGACGUCUCAUCGUUGUCAGGAGGUGCUGUGCGGCAUCAUGUGGCGGGAUCUCCGUGCCUCCGAGGAAGCCGUCACUCGAUCCACGUUCCCUCUCGAUCAGUCCCCAGACCCUCUUCCUUUCAUUAUCGUCACCUCGCUUCCCGGCUCUGGAGCUGAGAUCCUUCAACCCCUUUUUGACAACAGUUCCGACUUUGUGUAUCUUAGUGUUCCCUCCACCUACCUCCGUAUCCCUGAGACCAGUUUUGCUCCGGACUCGUUUGCAGACGCUUGCGAGUGGUCCAGAGCGGAUGCCCAGAACGGAAAGUUUCGAGCCAUCCAAGGAUGGUUCCAUUCGAUGUUACAUGGUAUCAGACUGCACCUGCAGAACAUUCAGCUCUACAAGAGCAGUAUCGAAGCAGUGAAUAAGGGAAUAAAGAAGAGACGGAAGCUGCUGAUGGAGGUGAGCGAGAUCAGAGACAGGAGGUCAGCAGCGAGAGAGGUGGAGUAUAUCAAGGAGUUGAGGCAGCACUUGACGGACUUCCCAAAUGCCUGCCCUGUGCUGAACCUUCGCAGCGGGAGCUGGUCCUUAAAACUCCCAUUCCUUCAAGAAGUCAUCGGACACUCGUUGAGAUCGGUUCAAGUAGUGCGUGACCCCCGGGCGUGGAUCUAUCUCAUGCUCUACAACAGCAAGCCGAGCCUUUACACCAGCAAAAACAUUCGAAAACACUUGCUGAACAUUUUGAACCAGCAUAGCGACAGGGUAGGACAGGCGUGCACGAGGUUCGACGCCGCAUUUCAGCCGUUACGAGAGAUCCUCGCUCAGCCAGACGCUAACCCUGUCCUCCUGCUGGCUCAUCUCUGGCUCGCUCACACGUCUGCCAGUCUCCGAGCGAGCGCCGACUUGCCCUCGUACACGUACCUACAGGUCAAAUUCGAGGACAUCGUGAACUUUCCUGAAGAUACCGCAGAAAAGAUACACAGGUUUCUCGGCGUCCCUGUUGCUCCGGCCGCCGUAAACCAGCUCGCGUUCGCCACGUCCACGAACCUGUAUCACAUAGUCUACGAAGGAGAUGUAUCACCUGCCAAAAUUAACAUGUGGAAAGAAAACAUGGCUCCUGACCAGAUUAGACUUAUAGAACAUGUGUGUGGGACCGUCAUGGACGUCCUCGAGUACAAAAGAUACGUGUCUGUAUGAAGUAAACGGAAUUGCUGUUUGUAUCAAUGCAAAACGGUUUAUAUAUAAAAAAUAUAUCUACAUUUAAAA